AUGUUAUCGACUCGAUGGCCUCCAAGACAGGUCCCACUUUUGAUAGAGUGCAAGUCCGGAGCAGUACCCCGUUUCACAUACUCGGAUGCUAACAAGAAUAAGGAAGUGGUGUGGUCACGAGAAACAUUAUUCGUCUAUCUAGUGAUCCGAAGGAAGUACAUUCCGGGCACAAAGAUGGUCUUUGCCGGCAUUAAGAAACCCGGUGAACGUGCCGAUCUCAUCAAGUAUAUCGAAGUGGAAGGUGCCAGCCAUCAAUUAAUGAAAAAAAAAUGA